AGUUAUAUCCUGGCAGCGACAGACGUCGGCCACGCGAUCUCCUAAACAAUUUCAACACCAAUCACUUUUUCUUUUUUUAAACAGUGACUAUUUUUUUAAACGUGUAAUUUGCUUGUGAAUUCGUUGUUUGCGGCGGGCAUUUACGUAUACACACACUACUUACAAUUUAUUUAUGCUGUUGGUUGUUGGUUGUUUAUUUUAUUUCUAAACUGAUUAUACGUGAUUUGUAUUUACUGCUGGACAUCAUUGAGUUGAAGAGUUUAUAAAUGAUUGAAUUAUAAAAAAGGACGUGAACGGCGGUUUUUCAUGGAAAUGAUGCAACAAGUACGGCAUCACAAUCGACUGAUCGUCGUGUGGAAUCGAGGAUCUGGUGUUUUUAAAUUUAAACUGGGAGUACUUUUUUAAAUCAACAUGGCUUACGUUUUGUGGAGAGUGUUCACUAAAAAAUACGCCAAAGUCAGGCUGGGCAUUGCAAGUUUACCGGUAAUACCGGCAGAACGUGUUCAAACACCCAAUAAAGAACUAGAGACCUGGAGUCUAGCACCUGAGAUCAAUACUGUAGAAAUCGGUAAUAAAGAUUUGAAAGAUAUUAAUCAUGAUAGUAAUCCAACAGCAGCAACAACAACAACAACCAUAAUAACAAUUACAACAACGAAGACAGAUGACGUUAAUGAAUUGACAUCGGAACCUGUUAAAAUAAAUCGAGAUAAUGAGAAUCGUAAAAGCCGAGCUAAAAAAGUUAAAAAUUACCUGAGGAAGUGCAAAGGAGCACUGUCAUCUCGUGAUGAUGAUACUCGUAGAAAUAGUAGUGGAAAACGUCCAACAGCUUCUGGUUGUGGUACUACUGGGAGUACUGGUAGAAGUAGAACCACCAGACGGUCCGCGUCAUCUUCCUGGUACUUGGAAGAGUCGACGGUGUCUAAUAACGCUGGAAUUCCAACCAGAGAGACUGAAGAAGAAUGUUUUAAUGAUCUUCUACCAACUAGAGCGACUUCACUGACUAGAAACUAUGAAUCUAAGGCUACGCCACCUGCUUCAACGCAACGUAAAUUUGGCUCUGAAAGUCUUCUUGAUUCUACAAGUAUAACAGGAGAUCGAUUUGUUGAUGAAUCAGACCUGCAAUUAGAAAGUAAUGUUGAUAUUUUAACAGAUUUAAAUAAUUUAGAAGAUGAAAGUGAAAUUAAUGAAGAAAAAGCAAUACCUGGAUACUCAUUAUCAACUGGAGGACGUGGUGAUGUUGCAUCACUUGUACGAAGUCUGCUAGGUCCUAUCUAUGGUGAAAAUGUCCUGGAUCUAUUGACUCGACAGGCACGUGACAUCCUUGUUUGCGCUUAUCAUGGCAAUCUUGACAAUUUUGUCGAGUCUUAUCUGUCUCCUGCCUCACAAUUACUCGCCCAAGUCAAGAGUACUGUCUCCAAUAUGGAUGACAAAUCUUUGGUACCUGAUGGUUGGCCGUUAACUCUGGCUGGUACCGGGCUGGUGUUACAGCUUGGAGAACUCGAAGCUUCCACUCUGAGACACGGGGAAUGUUAUCUCUGCGUGCGAAGCAGUCGUCCAAGUGGUGGGGACACCGGGAACAGCAGCAGUGUCGUCGUCGUCAACAACGAGACUACUAAGAAUAACGAGGGCCAGCUGGAAAGGAUCAUCGAUAUCGUCGAGAUUGCAUUAAUUUGGAGAUCGUCGAUGCGCUCCCCGGGAAUCCUCGGUUGGGAGCGCGAAGACGACUAUAUGGACUGGCGAGAAGUUAAGGAGCAUAAUCACAGUCAUAACCACCAUCAACCAACUGGUUCACCAUCAACACGUCAUAGACGUAAAUCCAAAGAAGAAUUAUCUUUGAGAAAAGAAUUUAAAGAUUCUUCUUCAACUUCAGUAUCUGCUUCUUCAGCCUCUGGAUCUGUUUCUGCGUCAGCACCACAACAUCAUCAUCCUCAUUAUAAUAAUUACCAUAAUUCUAAUGUGUUUUCGCCUUUACGAGUUCCUACGGAACAUCCUGCUGAAGAACAAGAACGAGAAGAAGAAGAACUCCUCCCAAAGCUCCCGGCAAUGAGGCUAGAUCAACGACACACUAAUCGGCAUAAAGAAGAAGCUAAGAUUGCAAUAGACCAUUUAAUACGACCCAGUUGUCUCGAGUCAAUAAUUAAUAACCGGCAUCAACAAUUAUCGGUAGAUGAUAAUUGUUCACGUGAAAUAAUAAAUAAUAAUGAAGAAGAAUUAGGCAAUCUUAUAAGCACAUUGUUGGUAACUGUUGAACGAAAAAUCGAACGAGUUAAUCUUGACGAUCUUGUGUUUCCUUGUCCUGCGUGUCGAAAUAUUGACACGGAUGAUCCGCUACUGGGCUGUAAGUGUGCUGGCACUGAGGAAUGUACCAACGAGCACGGUGAUAAUGAAACGUGUCAUUGUGGUGACACUGUUGAUAAUUGUCACAGCUUUGAAGUUGCCGGAAUAAAGCACAUUGACAGUGAUGAUGAGGAAGAAGUGCGGAUGGGCUUUGGUGCGAAAAGACGUACUGAAGCUGAAGUAUCAACUCCAAGGAGUAUUCAUGAUUUACCAGAACGUGUUCUCAACUGUCUACGGUUACCAGGAUAUGCGGACGAUGUUACUGGGAGACUUGUACUUGAGUUUGAAAAUGUCUGUGCCAAUGGUAAAGAGAAGAUAUGUCCUAGGGAAAUAGCCUCUUAUUUACUCUAUCUUUCACGACUUCAUAGCUCCGAUCGUACCAAGAAUGGAUGGACGCUAGUGAUUCGCGGUGGCAAUCAUGACGACUUUGAUAUCCUAGAUCGUGCGCUAGUGUUGAUACAGGGUAGAGUAAAUGUUCGACAAGCUCUUCUAUUGCAAAACCAGUGCCUCGACUCUUCAAUAGCAGCUACAGCAACAACAACAACAGCAGUAACCGACUCCCAAUUUCCACGUAGUCGUGUUAAGAUAACGAGCGUUGAUGAUGCAAUUAUUAACCGACGUAUUCCUUCACGAAAAGACCUGGAUUACCACCAACAAGAUUGGAUUGAUUUUUAUAAGGAAUACGACAGCGUGAUGUCAGAUUGGCAAGCUUACGGACGUCAGUUAGUAUUAGAAAUGUCAGAGUUAAAAGACUCCGCAAACGUCAGUAGCUCGUUAACACCCCUGAGUCGUUUGUUAAGUGAAGAGACAACUCGGCGAACCUCCAGAAAUGCCGCAGAGUGCUUGGCAGUGCUAGAAAAACGUGCAAAAAAUGUUUCACACUUGGACUAUGUGACACACGCGGUCCAACGUGCCAAACGUCUUAUGGAAGAAGUUGGAAACGCAGCAACACGCCUGGAAAAUAGUUUUGAGUCUCGUCGUACAACGAUAAGAAACUUUGCCGUGUUACGGAGCAUCGAGGAGCAAGCUCAAGAGGUACUUUCGUGGCUUUGCAAGAAGGGAGAGGACAUUCUUACAAAGCACGCAAGACACGCGGCCACAACCCUCACAACCGCACGAUCACAUGAACGGGACUUUGAAAAAUUUUACUUUGCAUCCAUGAGACAUCUGGACAAGGGUAGCGACCUAGCAGAGGCAGCGGGUACCAGUGGACUUGGUGAUUUAGCGCAUUCGCUAAGAGAACACUUGAGGGACUUUGGUACCAGGUUGGAAGAUCGCCGAGAGUACUUGGAAGAUACUUCAAGAUGUUGUUUGCUCCAAGACCGGGCUCAGGAGUGGGCACACGAGGCGAGAAUCGCAGCGAAACACUCUGGAUUACGUGGGUUCCACACGCAUCCGAUGCCAGUGGAGCAUCUUGAUGAGAUGAUGAGUCUGGCUGAGAAACUUGGAAAUGAGACUCUUAUUGAACAAUGUAAGAGCAUAAGAAACAAGUGUCUUGAGUUGGCGGAACUGAGAAGUGGUUCUGCGCCCCAGAGUCCAUCGCUCAGACGAUCUUUUGCAGCAGCUUCCGAGUCCGCGGCUGAAUAUAACUCUUGGGAUGAUGACAGCAAUCCUGGAAGUUGUACCACGGAUAACAGUCCAGCUACCGGUGAAUCACGUCCCCAGCUGGACAAUAUUGCUGAGACCGGUGAAAACACACAACAGGAUCUUGAUACGCCGCCGAGAAGUCCUGCUGGUCGGAGACUCAAUAAACCCCCGGUUAAUUCUCAUCUUCAGAGGUCACCGAGUAUCGCUCCCGCUGGAAUGAAGGCUAAAAAGACUAUUUUGCUUAUCAUGCGAGAGAUGAUACAAACUGAGAGAGAUUAUGUUAAGUCUUUAGAAUACAUUAUUGAGAAUUAUGUUCCUGAACUUGUGAGAGAAGAUAUUCCUCAAGCGAUGAGAGGUCAGAGAAAUGUUAUCUUUGGUAAUGUUGAAAAAAUAUACGAAUUUCACAGUCAGCAUUUCCUUCGUGAAUUGGAACAAUGUGAGCACAGUCCUAUGAUGGUUGGCCAAUGCUUUUUAAGACACGAAAACAAGUUUUAUCUUUAUGCCUUGUAUAACAAAAAUAAACCAAACUCAGACUCGUUAAUGGCAGAGUACGGUACGAGAUUUUUCAAAGCAAAACAACUCGAACUCGGUGAUAAAAUGGAUUUAGCAAGUUACUUAUUAAAACCUGUGCAACGUAUGGGAAAGUAUGCGCUUCUUCUUCAGCAGCUAGUGAAAGCGGGUACUGAUUUGUCCGAACAACUCUCUGGAAAAAAUGAAAAAGAUAAUCAAGAACAGGAUAUCAAUGGCGUAAAACCUAUUGUUGAGGGUGAAGCUGAUCUAAGAGCUGCUGAACAGAUGGUUCGAUUUCAAUUACGUCAUGGUAAUGACCUUCUGGCAAUGGAUUCACUCCGUGAUUGCGAUGUUAAUGUUAAAGAACAGGGUCGGCUUUUGCGGCAAAAUGAAUUUUUAGUCUGGCAGGGCAAAGGAAAAAAAUGUUUACGCCAAGUUUUUCUGUUUGAAGAUUUAAUUCUGUUUAGUAAAGCUCGAAGAUUUCCUGAUCGCAAAAAUCUAGAUAUUUAUAUCUACAAGCACAGCAUUAAAACCACGGAUAUAGGCUUGACGGCUGUUAUUGCUGAUUCACCAACUAAAUUUGAAAUUUGGUUUAGAAAAAGAAAACCCGGAGACACUUAUACUUUACAAUGCGCCAGUGAGGAUAUUAAGAAAACAUGGACUGAAGAGCUGAGCAACCUUCUUUGGAAGCAGGCGCUUCGUAACAGAGAAGUGCGCCUUGCAGAAAUGUCAAGUAUGGGAAUUGGAAAUAAACCUUGUCUAGACAUUCGACCCAGCGCGGAUCAAAUAAACGACAGAUCAAUCAGCGUGGCUCAGCUGUCAAAAACUCCGAGGUUUAGAAAUUCAAUAGCAGUAUCAAUAUCCGAUGACUCUAGCCGCUGUAGUCGUAGACCCAAUAGUGUAAUAUCAGUGAGCUCGUCUUCAAGUAGUGGAGGAAGCAGCGGAGGUCCACAGACUGCUUUGCAUCUAGGCUUAGAUGCUAGUCCACGACUUCAUCAUCGUAGUACUACUCUUAAUAGCCAGUGUAGUGUUGAAAGCGGAAUAAUUGCGGAUAUUUCAAUAGUAUCUGACGACGGAGUAGAUAGCAGUGAAAGAAGCCACUGGAAAUCAACGUUAGAAAGUCCAACUUCAUCUCAUCCACCAAACAACACUUCAACGCCUCUUCAGUCACCAACGAGUUCUCAUGCAGCACCAGUGCCAGCUUCUACUUCAUCAACUUCUUCCACAGACGUUAAUAAUACGUCACCGUAUGAUGCGGAUAUGUCAAUAAAUCUGUAAACUAGUUGAAUAUUAUUAAUUUAAAAUAGUGGCAAAAAGUAUAGUUGUAUUUCUAUUACUGUAGAUUUAAAACAAAUGACAACAAACUAUAACACUGGCCCCUAAGUGCAAAAGCCAAAUAUUUUAAUUAUUUUAUUUUAUUUAAUGUUUUAUUAUUUUUUUUUAAUUGGUUAUUUUUAAGGCACGUGUGAAUUGUUUUAGAAUGGCUUGAAUGUUAAUUUAUAUACACGUAUUAUAUAUUAACUGUAAUAUUUAAGCCAAUCUUAAGACACACACACACACUCGGUAAACAAUGACUCACUAGAAUUGCAAUUGAUGGUUUUUUAAAACUAAUCGAGUAAUUGAUUUGUAACAAUAUUUGCAUAUUUAGUUACAAGCGAGUCGACUGUGUGAGUCAUAAAAUUUAUUUUUUUUUUAUUUUUUCAUAUUUUUAUUAACAAUGUCCGCUGCCAAGAUAUCAUAAUUGAUAUCUUUUGGACAGUGGUCGGCACGAUAAUUUUAUUUGAUUUAGGCAACGAGUACCAAAAGAUAAAAAAAAACAAAAUCAAUUACUAAAUUAUGAAACUAUUAAAUUGUUUAUAUUAAUUUCGUACUAUUUUUAUUUGCUUUUAUCUUAAUGUUAUAGAUGAAUAUUUUUAUUUGUUUUAUUUACGAGAGCACAAAUCAUAGAUUGGUACGGAAUGACGAAAUAUUCGAUAAUCUUUUUAUGAAGAAAAAAUUACUGACUAAAUAUUGCUACUAAAUUUUAUAUAUUUUUUGUCGUCAUUUAUCAUAACAGUUAUUAAAUUAAUAUUUAAUCGGUAAUAUUUUUUUUUACUUUUAACAAAAGAUUAUGAAUAUUUUAUCAUUUUAUAAAUAGUACCUAUUUAUAUAUUUGUAAUUUUUUAAUAAUAACAAUCCAGUCAUAACUAUUCUCUUUAGAUAUUUAUUAAUAUAUUUUUUAAGUAUGUAUGAAACCACUGUUAAAGUCCCAUUUUAUAUCAAAGUACUUAAAGAAAAAAAAAAGAUAAAAAAAAAUUAUAAUAAUAACCACAACAAAACAUUUAACAAUAAUUCAUUAAUUGUAUAUACUUAUUAUUACAUUGAAUAUGGUUAUUUCAGUAUUGUAUUUGCAUCAAACACCGAUGUAUUUUAUUACUUAAUAUCAAAUAUAUUAUAUUGGGUGCCUUUUUUAGCAAAAUAACUCAUUUUAAAUUUAAUAAUUUAUUUUUUUAUCCCAUUAUUUAUGUAAAUGUCUCAAUAAUGUUUUUUCAUUGUUAACGUUGCAUCCGCUGUUGAUUUUUAAUGACAAUCUAUCAAUAUUCAUACGUACUAUUGAUAAUAAAUUUUAAAUAUUAAUUUGAGACAUUUAUUCAGCCCAAGAAAUUUAAUUUAUCGCUAAAGACUAAAUUUCAUACAAUUAAGU